GCCGGGCCCCCGAGCUGUCAGUCUGAUCACAACCCGGGACCGGCCACGGGUCCCGCGGGGCCGGCGGGGCCAUGGCGGCUGUGUUCGACCUGGACCUGGAGACGGAGGAGGGCAGCGAGGGCGAGGGCGAGCCGGACUGCAGCCCCGCGGAAACGUGUCCCCUUGCGGAGGUGCGGACAGCUGGCCUGGAGGCGGCAGGGAACUAUGAGGAGGUGGAGCUGACGGAAGACAGUGUGAACCUGGGUCCCGAACGCAUCGGCCCCCACUGUUUCGAACUGCUGCGGGUGCUGGGCAAAGGGGGCUACGGCAAGGUGUUCCAGGUUCGCAAAGUGCAGGGUUCCAACACAGGCAAAAUAUACGCCAUGAAAGUGCUAAGGAAGGCCAAAAUCGUGCGCAAUGCCAAAGACACAGCGCACACCAGGGCGGAGCGGAACAUUCUGGAGUCGGUGAGGCACCCCUUCAUCGUUGAGCUGGCCUACGCCUUCCAGACGGGCGGCAAACUCUACCUCAUCCUCGAGUGCCUCAGUGGCGGUGAGCUUUUCACGCACCUGGAGCGGGAGGGCAUCUUUCUGGAGGACACGGCCUGUUUCUACCUGGGAGAGAUCACGCUGGCCCUGGGCCACCUCCACGCACAAGGCAUCAUCUACCGGGACCUCAAGCCCGAGAACAUCAUGCUCAACAGCCAGGGUCACAUCAAACUCACCGACUUUGGGCUCUGCAAAGAAUCCAUCCACGAGGGCACUGUCACCCACACCUUCUGCGGCACCAUUGAGUACAUGGCCCCCGAGAUUCUGGUGCGCAGCGGCCAUAACCGAGCCGUGGACUGGUGGAGCCUCGGGGCCCUGAUGUACGACAUGCUCACCGGCUCGCCACCCUUCACCGCUGAGAACCGGAAGAAAACCAUGGACAAGAUUGUCAAAGGGAAGCUGGUGUUACCUCCGUACCUCACCCCGGAUGCCCGGGACCUCAUCAAAAAGUUUCUGAAGCGCAAUCCUAGCCAGCGAAUGGGGGGCGGCCCCGGGGACGCUGCUGAUGUACAGAGGCACCCCUUCUUCCGGCACAUGAACUGGGAUGACCUCCUCGCACGGCAAGUGGAUCCCCCAUUCAGGCCUUCUCUGCAAUCCGAGGAGGACGUGAGCCAGUUCGAUGUGCGCUUCACCCGGCAGACGCCUGUGGACAGCCCCGACGACUCUGCCCUCAGCGAGAGCGCAGACCAGGCCUUCCUGGGCUUCACCUACGUGGCCCCCUCCGUCCUGGACAGCAUCAAGGAGGGUUUCUCUUUCCAGCCCAAGCUGCGCUCCCCACGACGCCUCAACAGCAGUCCCCGGACCCCCAUCAGCCCCCUGAAGUUCUCACCCUUCGAGGGGUUCCGGCCCAGCCCCGGCCCAGCGGAGCCCAUGGACACCCCCCUGCCGCCCCUCCUGCCACCACCAUCACCACCGCCGUCCAGGACGCCCCCACUCCCCAUACGGGCCCCCUCGGGGCUCAAGAAGUCCAAGAGGGGCCGUGGGCGCUCAGGACGAUAGGAGGGGGUGGGCCAGCCUGGGGGUGCAGACAUGUGUGGGUGUGAGUGUGAGUCUUAGCUGGGGGCAGCUGUGCCCCGAUCAUGAAGGUCGGUCCCCAGGGAACUGUGCCCUGAAUCAUGAAUGUAACAGUCCCCGUGGAAGGGGCCCCAACGGGAUUAAAGGAUCAAUCAUGCUG